GAUUUAGACCAACCAGAGAUGGAAACCCCCAUAAUGUCUAAUCCAAAUAAUUGGGUGAAAAAAUUCGCUUAUUUGUACAAUAUUUUAAAGGAUGAAAAAUUCAAUAAACGAACUAAUAAUGAUUCUCUAGAAUUAUAUUAUCAAGUCAGAGAAUUAUUAGCUAAAAGAGAAUGGAGUAAUUCAGCUAUGAAUGAAUUAAACCUCUACUUUAACGAUAGCAGAAAAAAAUUAAUAAGCCAAAUAGCAAAAAGAGUCUUUCUUCUUUUCAAUACUCGCGAUCAAAGUGCAAUUCAAGCCGUUUAG